AUGGAUUUGAGGGUAGCUAGUGCUUAUAGAACGGUAUCUACUGGAGUUAUCCUGAUAGUGGCUGGUAUUAUCAUAAUACACUUAAUGGCAUGUGGUCGGUGCAGGCUAUGGCGGUUUCAAAAUAACGGAUUAGAAAAUGCCGGGUGAAUAGUGAACAAAAAUAAUAGAUUUUUGUGGGUAUCAAAUCCGGAUUGCUCUGCAUGUGGAAAUCCGUUGAACGAUUCUGAGCAUACAUUCUUCAGUUUCGAUCGAUGGAUGUGAAGACGCUUGGAACUAGAGAUACAUGUGGGCGAGGAAGUCAUGCCAGAAUCCAUUAUAGACACUAUGUUAGGUAGCCGAGAUAAGUGGUGUGCAGUGGAGCAGUACAUCACGCAUAUAAUGGGCAUAAAAACAAAGGAGGAUCAGCAGAGGCAGAGCAAACGAAAUGGGCAACCAUAGCAUACGAACCGAUGGCAAAUCGUCGCCAGAGCGCUGAACGGACCCGCUUCUAAUAUUAUUACUAAUUGUUAUUAAUCGUUAUUAAUUAUUAUUGUUUAAUAUUUCUGUCUUGCUGUUAUUGCAAUAAUGUAUGAUGUUAAUAAACGAUGGCAGCCCGGUGGGAAAGCAGAGCAUAGGCAGUUCUGCUCCGGGUCUACGAUUCAGGAUAAAAAAAAAAAGUAGUAGCAGUAGUAGUUGUAGUAGUGGUUUUUUUUUUUAGUAUCAGUAUUAGUCCUAGUAGUGGGAAUAGUUUUAGUAGUAGUGGUAAUAGUGGUAGUCUGCCCUCGUUUCAUCUAUGAGUGAUUCUUUCCACGUCUUGUCGACCUACCGACCAACCGACUGAACGGCUGUUUUAUUUCUUCUGCUGUUUCCAGUAAAUCAAGUGAGCUUAAUAAAAGCAGAAGCGUCGAGUGUAUGGGGUUAGCUUGCGUUAUUAUAAAUAAUAAUACCGACGUACUUUAGGUAUUCCAUCGGAGAAUCGAGAGAAAUGACGGGGAGCUCCGCACCGCAGUACCUGCCUUCGUAUUAUGCUUCACACACACUUCCCUGACGAUUUACCUAUAUAUAGUUCGUAUUUCGUUCACCAACCAUCCCCUUAUCUACCAUUGUCCUUCUCCGACCAUAGGCCCUUUGAGAAUUCAGUUUUUGGCUUUGACGAUAAACUACCUAUGCCGCUACUACUGCGAUACAUGCGUAUAUCAUGCUGCAGUCUUAUUAGAUUCUUUUACCGUGGCCUUGGACCGAAAUAAUAAUUAUCUAGUGUAUACAGGGUUUUCUGCGCAGUUAAAUGUUUCUACUACUAUACUGUUAUAAAUGGGAAAUUGGGAAGGUAGAACACACAGAUGCACUGCACAUUUAUUUAAUUUAUAUCAGUAAACAACCAUAAACCAUUGUUAACGGAAUACGAUUCUGAGCGAAUUUCAGUUGAACGUGUUUUUUAUGCAGUCAUUUUAACGUCAAAAUUAGUUAAAUCUUAAACCACUUUUAGAAAAAAGUUUUACAUAAAACUCAAAUUAUUUUUAAAACCACUCAAUACAAUUCAUGAUAAACUUUGUAUUAUAUUUUCAAGCAUUUCUGUUUUAUUAAACAACUUUAUCCACUUAAGACCUACCAAAUAAUGAACACACAAAUUCAUAAAUGUUAAAUACCUAUAAAUAUUUAAAAAAAUCACCAGAAUAUUUUGGAAAUAGUACCACGUUUAGAAAAGCCCAUUAUUUUUUUUGAACAUUUCAAGCUUUGACGAUUAUUUCAAACUAAAUUACAAUAGAAACAAAAUACAAAAUAAUGAAACAGUUAAUUUUCGCGUGUUUCCUACAUUUUCCCCCGUUUGUUAAGGAAUGUACAAGGAAAAUAAAAAAUCAAUUUUCUCAAACACCAAUUCUACAAAAUUUGUAAUCGGAAAAAAACCUACCUAAUCAUGAAAUUUGAUGCAAGGAUUUAACUCGAAUACAAAAUUUGAACAAAUUUAAAAUAAUGAAAACGUUAAUGCCGUAAAUUUGACAGUUUACUGAGUGUUCCAAUUAUUAUGAAAAUUGUUUGGAAAAUGAAAAUAAAUGACUUUUUUAAUGCACUGAUUAGAUAAAAAAAAAAAAAAAAAGGCAUAUUGUCUUUAUUUAAUUGGAGCAAGAUUUCUGGUAGAAAAGUUUAUACGUAGAUAGAAAAAAGCCCAUAUUAUCUUAGUUUCUUAGUAGAAUCGAUACAUCACUCUCUCCAUUCAGUAUAUAAAAAUGUAUUGUUUGAAUUCGAUGUGACUAUGAACCGUCAUUAUUUCGAACUACCAUAGACAUGGCACUAUAAACUAUAAAAACAAAAAUAUACAAAUAUGUAUGUGUAUAUUUUUAAGUGUAUAGUAUUAUUAAUGUUUUCAGCGGAUUAGAAUUAUAGAAGAAAAUAAUUUUUUAUGAGAAAUAGGUUAUAGGUAUGUUGUGAUUAAAAUAAAUUGUUUAGUAUAUUUUAUCGGUCCAAAAUCUAUGUAGGUAUAUAAUUGAAUCGAAUUAAUCAGACUACUGCAGUUGUUGCAAUAUGUGCAUUCUACUACCAUACAGUGGCAGUUUAUCAAAGUGUAGUAUUUGCCGGUCAUCAAAUUGCCUUUUUGAACACACGGUACCCGCAUCGUUUAUACCAGCCGUGUUUCGAUUGUUUUCCGUGCGAUAUUAUUAUUUGUUUAAUGAUUUCAAUAAACGAUAUCGCCAAAUCGACGAAACAUUAAUGUUUUUUCAAAAAAUAAUAUUUAAAACCGUUUGGCAUUAUUACAUCCUGUACCUAUAAUAUCGCUACAAUGUCAAACGAAAGGAAAUAUAUAUUUUUUUAUUAGCAUUUUGUUGAUUUGGUUGGUCCCUGUUCAGGCAGUUGUCGCUUAUUCACAUUGAGUCAACAAAAAUAUAUUUUACCAAUAUAGAUAAACACGCGUCGAUAUAAUAUUUAAAUUUGAAAAUCCGAGAAAUCCUUUCCGGUUACAUCAGUGUUCAAUAAAUAACCGUUCAUAUUUCUCGUGAGAACACUCUUUAAACAAAUGCAAAUUCCCCAAUUUGAUUUAAUAAAAUGUAGGUAAUAGAUAAAAAUAAAUGAUUGAUUCAUGAACUAUUCGUAUUGCUUUUUAAUCGAAUUUUCUCCGAAAAUGGGAACUAUUGCGCUGUACUGUGUUCUGUUAUAUAUAUAUAUAUAUAUAUAUAUAUACAACUUUGGACAUUAACGAGUUAAUAAGUUAAAAUUAACUUGAUUAAUAAUAAAGUUUAAAAACCGGUUUUAAAAGGAAUAAAAUCUCUUAUCAUAUUUUGAUUGGAGCAAUAAUUUCUGGUAGAAAACAUCGUGUAAACGAAUUAAAAACAAUGAAAUAAAAAUUAAAUAAAAUAUUUGUAGUUUUAUCUAUAAUUUUAUUUUGGGUUACCCUCAAUUAUUUCUAAAACUCCUUGGAAAAUCAAAAAAUGAUCUCUUUAAUGUACCCAUUAAAGAAAAUUUCCUUUCAGAAAAAGUUGUAUAGUCUAUACUUCAGGGGUAGUUUUCUGGUAGAAAAGUGUUUUAUAGACAGAAAACAAAAUAAAUAAAAAAAAAACACAUAAUAAAACCAAUAGAUCCCUCGUUAUGCUCUAAAUCUAAAAUAAGAGAUACUUAAAUACCAAACUUGUCUGUUUUUCAUAUAAUUUUUCGCGGUUUUACCAGUUAUUAAAAAAAUUGCAAGGAAAAUCAAAAAAUGAUCACCUCGAUUCAUUUAUUCUGCUACGCUUAAUGAUCGAAACAUGAUUCCUUGUAGUAAGUUGUUAACACACUAGACAGAGAAAAAAUAUUUAAAAAUACACAUUAUAUAGUAAAAUAAAAUAUACGUUUUGCACUGUGUUUAGAAUCGAAAAUCAAAAAUUUGAAAUCCAAGUCAUUGUCAAGCUUACAGUUUAUAGUAGUUACAGUUGCAUCUCUAUAAAUACACAGCUACUUUCGCGUUAUAAUACUCGUAUAUAAAUAUAAAACACGUAGAUAGACUACGCUCCGACAGUUCUAGUGGUCAAAAAGUUAAAGGUCACGGGGUAUCGUGGAUAAGUGGUUAAAAGCUUCUGUGACCGUUUCGAUACGAUUUCCGGUGUCUAUAGAUAGGUACGCAAAUACACUGCACACACGUAUACACACAACAUAUAUAUAUUGUAAUAAUUAAAAUAGGUAGUCUGUUUGCUGGCCUUUUGUUUCCGCGCGAUUUACCGACACACAAAAACACCCCAAUGAAACGUACUAUAAUAAUACGUAGGUUCAUAUCGUUGGUUUAUUAUGCGCCGACCUAUAUACAGGGUGAUUUUUUUUUUGUCGUAUUCUAGAGAUUAUAUUGAUAUGAAUAUGUUAUGCUAAAUUUCUUUCAUUACGUUUUCAUAUGGUAUUGUAUAUUGCAACACAGUUUUCGCUCAUGAUCCCUUAUCUUAGAUGGUAAUAUUGACAUUUGAUUUUUCUCAUAUUACCGCGACUCUUCUUUUUCAACGAAAACUCGGAAAAACAAUAGUUUUCUAAACACGUUGAAGUGUAUACCACUUUACGGGGUGAUUUUCUAAACAUGUUCACCUCAUUGUCACGAUUAAAUAAGGUAGAAAUUCAAAUUUUGAUUUUUGGUAUGGUUAUGCGUAGUGAAAGACGAUAUUUUUGAAUACUUACAUUUUUCACAAAAUUUAAUGAAUAUUAUGUGAAAAUAUACCAAAAUUGGUUUUUUCAAAUAAAAACCUAUUUAUCCGAGUUAUUUUACUUUAAAUAGCAUGAAAUCGGUUUUUCGAUAACUGCAAGAGUCAAAACAACAAAUUGCUAAUACACAAAUCCUAUGAAAUAGUCGUUAUCCGAAACUCAUAAAAGGAUAUUAUCAUUCAUGUUUAAAGCAAAAUUAUUCAGAAAUUUUUCGUUCGAAUUUCAAUUAAAAUAAGUCAAAAUUUUCACAUAAAAUUAAUGGGUUCUCAAUUGAAAAACAAAAGUCGGUAUCGCAACCGGACACUUCUUAAAUGAUGUGAAAAUUUAAGUAUGCGAAAAUAUCGUCUUUCACUACGCAUAACCAUACCAAAAAUCAAAAUUUGAAUCUAUGCAUAAUUUAAUCAUACGAAUAGAGCGAGCAUACUUAACAAAUUGGAUUCUUUAAAUAUCAUAUAUUAUCCCGUUUACGAGUUAUUAGAGUUGAAAACGUAGGCCGGAGAAGCAUAGGGUAGGUUAUUAUAAUAAAGCUGGUAGAUGAUAACUCUUCCCCUAUAUCCUUCUGGCCAGAGCGGUUAUAAAUCAUAAAUCCAAUAAUAGCUUUAUGCGUAUCAACGUUUUAGAAAAAUGUACUCUUAUCGAAACUGGUUUCAAAAGGAAGGAGGAGAGGGAUUCACAUUUGGAAAUCAGUAAAAGUCUUCGGACGUUUAUCAUGGUGUACAGAAUAACAUAGCGGUGCAAUAUUGAAAAUAUCGUAAGUACGGGCGUGACUGAGAAAAAAAAAACGGACAAUUUCACUCAAAUCCUUAAUAGGAAAAAAAAAAUCACCCUAUAUAAUUUAUUAUAUAAUCAGCUGUAAUAUACACGUAUACUAUAUACCUAUACGAAACGGGACUGACCGGUCUCUAAUUAUUAUUAUUAUUAUUAUUAUUCGAUGCGCUAGCGUGUGUGUUUUAAAAUGUUUGCACUGUAAACACUGAACCGACGAGCGACGUAAUGGAUUGGACCGCAGCCGGUACAUUCUCGCCCCCGCGGCCACGGAAUUGAGCGAAUAUAACGAAAAUAUUACCGAAACACUAUCAAAACUAUUGGGAACUAUAAUACAAUAUUAUCCGUCACGUCGUACGCGCGUACCGUAUGUAUACACGUAAUAAUUGUGAUUUGCGAACGAGUUUCGCUGAGAACGCGCACAGUUAUCAAAAUGUUGACACUGGUCAAUAAUAAUCCCCCGGGAGUGAGGUGUUGUGAUUUUUGAGUGGGUCGCGAAAUGAAAAUAGAACAAUCGAGUACUCGAAAUAGACCGCAUAUCGUCGAAUAGUUAGGAAAACAUGACCGUUGCGGAUAUAAUGGUAAUAUACAGCGGUAAAUAUAGAAACAUAAUUUUCAUAAUAUUAUAUUCUCCCACGAUAUUCUUGCCGCGAUAAUAAUUGCUGAAACAGCGCGUAGGUUGUUCAAAAUCCCAUACAAUGAGAAUAGUAGUAUCGAUAUUAAUGAAAUAAGUGUUUCCGAACAACGUUUUGUUCAAAACUUCAUGCGCGAUAUAUUCGCGUUAGCAUCGUGAUGGUUAACACUGUAAAUCGUGAAAAUGAUUACAAUCACUUACACCAAAUGCUUGUACGAACAUAACGUAUGUCAGUCACGGCGUGGUAGGUAGAGUUAUUCGAAAUUGAUAAGAACCAUUUGCGGUAACGCGACCCACGUUAUUUAUCCCCGGCAUUAUUAGUCCUUAUCAUUUCCGAAUAACAGUACCCGUAUCAUUUAGCCAAUAAUACAUGAAAAUAUUGGCGUCGCGAAGAAAAACGAUAUAAUAAGCGCAAAAUAUAUUCAUUGAAUAUUGCCAGUGUUGAAAGUGUUGUAAGUGAGAUUAAAUCAUUUAAAUAAUGGUUUUUGAUAAGCCCGCAAAACUACGAAUACUGAAAUAGUUGUGGUUUAUUUUACAAAACGUUAUUGCUCGGUAUUUAUGUACCUCAACUCGAAAUACAAAAAGCACGCCAAUAUUUAAUAUUAAUUAUCAAUAAACAGUUUUAAUAAAUAUAACAAUCAAUCUGGAGAAAUUAAUGCACAAUACUGGCCGCAAUAUUGACACGAUUCAAGCGCUUUUAUCGUUAGUAUUAUUUGUAUUAAAUGUUUCGCACGAAUGUUUAAAAUAAUAUUACAUUAUAAAAUUGUCCACGAGAAUUAAAUAAAAAAAUUAAAAAAAAAAAAUAAAAUAAAAUUUCAUCAUACGAGUAUUUUGUAUUUUCGGUAUUCGUGAGACAUAGUAGGUUAGUAAUGAAUAAGAUAGCGUUUUUGUAAUUAUUUAAGCGCUGUUUUUCAUAAAUUCAAGCGAUGUUAUAUAUAAUAUAUAAUACCCUAUAAUUAAACUGUCAAAGUCUUAUAUACGUGUAUAUAAAAAAAUGACUCGUAGUUUAUAAGCUCAUCGCACCUCUCCUGUAUUCCUUAGGCAGGUACCGUACGUAUAUACCUCAUUCAUCAAUCAAAAUAAGAACGGCUCAACCUAUUAAAACGAUAACCCCCUUAACAUAAAUUAAUUUGUGGAACUGCGGCGGAUUAUAAUAAUAACUAACUGUGACAAAUACGAAAGGUACGUUAAAUUUAACUUUUUAAAAUAUAUAUUUAUAUAUCCGUUAUAUUAUUUAAACACGACGGGCGGGCAGUGCGAUUGUAACAAAAGAAUAAUAAUUAUUAAAUAAUGUUUUUUUUUUUUGGGUCUUGUACAUUUUUUUUUUUUUUUUUUCAUAAAUACCCAGAAGAUUAUUUUCCGUCGUUAAGAUUCGCGAAGAAAACAGACUAUAAUAUUAUAUUAUAUUAUAGUCACGGCCCGGAAUAACUCUGGCAUGAAUGUUAUUUGCGCGGUGAAUAAAUUCGGACGAUUUAUAUACGAUAAGAAGGCAAAACUUAACGAGUGCACCCAAAAGUCCAAUUUUUCGUUUAAUUAACAGGGGAGAACUUUAUGGAAUAUUUCGAAGGAGAAUUAUAAUAUUAUUGCUGGUUGGUUUUACAACACAAACGGUUCCUCUGGAAAGUUGUCGUUGAUAAUUUAUAUUAUAAUUAGCAUUGUUUUUAUAUAAUAAUAAUUCCGCUUAACUACAAUGAACAUUUCGAAAAUAAAUAAAAAUAAAAUGCUCGUUUUACCAUUCUAAAUAAAAUUCAUUCGCUCUUAGAAUUUCUUCACGCUAUUUUACGAAUACCGCCCCGUUUACAAUACAAAACAUUAUUGCGCCGGGACUUGAGAUCUAUGCAUAUUUAAGCAUUUUUAUGCAAUAUAAUACACAAGACACAACUGCGUGUAUAACUCUGAACGUUAAGUUUAAUUUUUGACAGCCAAUGGCAUAAAAUAUACAAGUAAUAUAGAAAAAUACACUCUGAGAGUUCAUGGAUUAUCCGAGUAUUACUUUCUAUAGAAUAUACAAUUAUUAUGAUUUUUUUUCUAAUAUUUUAAUAAAAAAAAAAAAUCCACUUUGUGAGUUUUCUACAGUCCAAAUUAUACCAUUACGCAUAAAAGUUAAAAUUUAAAAAGAAUAAAUUUGACUUCUAUCUGCUUGCUAAUUUCAAAAUACUUUUGUAUUUAAUAGUAUCAAAUUUGUCCACAAAUCGGUGUUUUGCAUAUUUCUUCGUCGUUUAUUGUUGUUUUUUUUUUCAAUUUUUCUGAAAAAUCGUUUAGAAUGUAUACUAAAAACGUUUUGAAUAAUAAGACGUAUUGCUUGUCCAAUAGAUUUUUUUAAGUUCAAAUAAAUAAGUACAUUGUGAAUUUUUCGGAGAAAUUUUAAUAAUUUGACCGGUUUUUAAUGAGAAAGAACUUAAGUCAAUUUUGGCCAAUUUCGGUUUUUAUACGUCAAUUUUGUGCAAAAUAUGAAAUCACGUUGAAUGGCCGCAGAUACUAUUGUAACCUAUAGGUUUUAAGCGUUGGUCAAUAUAUUUUCAUAUAUCAAGCAUAAAUAGCGAGAGAGGGCAUUCGUCGUCAGCCUAUAAGAACUAAGACAUGUCUUAAGUGUAUUCCAAAUAUUAAAAACUAACGGUAAUUAAAUAUAAUCAAUUAAAUCAAUACACUCAUUUUAAUCAAAUCUACCCAUAUGUUUCAAGGUUUUUUACCUCUUUUGUGAAUCACUAAACUGUAUUCGACUUUGUAGUUUUUUUUCUCGGAAAACCUACCAAUAUUUGACACUUUGUGUUCACGUACUUGUGCUUUUAUUUUUUUGAAAGGGACAAUUUGUUAGGCAAACGUUUUGUGGGCCCCCCACUUUUCCUCUUAUUUAGAUUUAUGUUUUAGAUUCUGAGCAUAGCGAGAAGCUAUUAGUUUUACUAAAUUGUGUUUUUUCUUUCGGAAAAUACUUUUUUGAUUAGUAAACAUGUACGGAAUUUAGAUUUUUCACCUGCAAAGCUGGGCACUAACUAACUAGUUGAAUUGAAUGUGAAAAACAUUCUAAUCUAACUCGUUAAAAAUAAAAAUAUCUAGUUAUUUUUGUUCUUUUUUUUUCAUUUCAGAAAUACAAAUUUUCUGUAAAAUAUUGAGUAUUUUCAAUUUUACGUUAAAAACACUUUUCUUGUCAUAUUAUUUUAUAACAAAUUAUAGUCGGCCCUAAGGCAUGAUGAUCUAAAUCAUAUACUGAUAUGUUUAUGAUAUGUAUUUUUCAUUCAUCACCAAUAAUUUUAGUUAGUUAUCUACUUAAUAAUUAAUUUACAUGGUACUUUACAUUUGAGCUGAGAUUUUAAUUUAUAUUUUAAACUAAAAAAAAAAAAAAAAUCUAAUUUCUAACUUCUACUUUAAUUUAAGUUACUAUUUUUAACUAAUUAACUUCUAAAUAACUUAAGUUAGAAAUUUGGAAAAUUUUAAAAACUAACUUAUAUUCCAACUUAGUUAGAUUUUAUAUUAAACUAAUUUAAUUUUAACUAGUUGAAAAAAAUUACUAACUGGCCCAGAUUUGCCUAACGGUUUUUUAUAUUAUGUAUAAAAAAAAAAAAAAAAAUGUCUAGAAAAAAAUAAAUAGUACACUAUCAUUACAUAUUGGUUUACCAAGGUGCAUUAUCUAACAAAAAAUGCACUUUUGCGGGGAGGGAUAUAUCCUCCUAAUCUUCUCAGUAACUACGCCGCUAUUUCACAGAUAUUAAAAAAAAAAAAAAAAAAAAACCACACAGAUUAGUAAAAUCAAUUUCCUCGCAUUUUUCGUUUCCGUUAUGCACAACACAUAUUGGGCGAUCACGAUGAUGCUGCUCGUUGCUCUCGGAAAACGAACAAUUUGUUGAUAUUUGAAAUUUUUAAAAAUUCGAGUUAUCCCGUUAGGUACGUAUCUCGAUCGUACCGCGGUCGGGUGUACGAGGGGGAUGUUUGGUGGGGGCGUGUUUAUGCGUAGGCGGCGCUCGCGCCCGACGCAUCGUCACAUGGCCACUCCGACGCCUAACGCACAACGCCCGCAGUGACGCCUGGUCGUCGCAAUCGUUUAGUAGUCGGCCGUACGUUCCGAUACGUCAAUAUUUAACACGUCACGUGGUCUAGUCGAGUGGAAGUCAAAUACACACAUUAUGCAGUUUUCGAGGUAUAGUGUUAUCGUUUGAAUAGUAUUAAUUAUUAUUAUUAUUUUUUAUUUGUUCGUAUGCGCGAGAGACUUAUUUUAUAAGGUUUUCUCGCUCGUCAUCGCCUAAAAUCAAAAUAAACCUGUCUUCCCAAUCUCCCUCGUCUAUGCUGAACAAAAAUCACCAGUGGCGCAAAAAUCUUUCUCCGAUCGCAAACGAUUUAAAUCGUCACGAUUACGAUCUCACAUGAUCUUAUUUUGUAAUUUAUUUUACAUUUUUGUUCAUCUAAAAACAAAAUUAGUAAGUAGGUAUUAAUCGUAAUAUGUUAAUAAUUAAAACAACGAUAACACACACGAAAUCACGAAUUACAAGAAAUCGUUUAACGUCUAGUUAUUAUUACAAAAAAAAAACGUAUAUUGAUAUCGUAGCUUGAUAUAUACAAAAACAUUAGAAACUAUUAUUUUUAAACAUAUUACGUAUAAAUAUUGACGUCCGAAUCUGUAGAUUCAAUUGCAAUUUUGACAUUUUCUAAUACCUGAAUAUUUGGUUAAAAUAAAGCCUGACGUGUUAAUUUAGCUUAACAAUUCGAUACGAGAUUCCCUCCAAGGUUUUUCUCAUGGUAAUUCCGUAGUGAGGGUUUUCUGUUAUAAGCGUCUAAAGUUCUGAAUGACCAACAUACAUUUCCAUACUAUUUAUGUGAAUUAAAUUUGCUUAGCCCCGUAAAAAUCAUCAAAAGUUUAGUUUCAAAGCACGACUUAAAAGUAAAUAAUCGUGCAGUAAAAUCAAUGAUCCACGAUUAAACAAUUAAUAAAACAAUAACAAGACAGGUUCCCUUAGCAAUGUUACUACGGUCGUUACCUACGGAUUUUAUAUAACUACCUUAUUCCCAAAACUUAGUAUAAAUACAAAUUAUCUUUUGUUAAAUAUUGAGUGAAUUUAGCUGCUAAAAUGAUGUGCAAUAGCACAUUUUAUUUCCGCAAAUACGGAAUGCGCAGCAACAAAUACAAAAUCGUGCAGUUCAUGAUCAUAAUGCUAUUUUAAUAUAAUAUUAUUUUUCAUAUAAUUGCAUUUUAUUUAAGCGUUUUUUCGAAAUACUUAAUAGUUCAUCUCUCAUAGUUUCUUUAUUUGGAUUUAUUCUCGAAAAACACCUUGUCAGUAAUAAAAAAAAUGUUCCGAAUAAAAUUUAUUUGUAAGUACCAUAUUAUGCAAAGUAAAGUGCAUAUCUAGGUCAUUAAAUUAAGGCGUAUGCAAAUAUUUUAUUUUUAUUUUUUUUUUUGGUACAAUAGGGUAUAUUGGUAUAUUGUGUGCAGUUGUAAAUUAAAUUAAUUUCGGGCACCGUGUAAAUUGUAUAAUAGCAAUUAUCCUCUUUAAAUUAUGACGUAAUUUAGUUAAUCAUAAUUAAUCACAACUAUUUGGAAUACGAGAUAACUAUGAGAAAAUAAACAUUAAAUUAUUAUACAAUUGAUGAUUUUCGUAUUGUAGUAUUAUAUGAAAUUGUCUAAUUUAAUAUUUCUUAUGGGGUUUUUUUUUUCUUAUAAGGCUUUUUAAUUUCAAAUUUUGACGAAAAUCAUAAAAAUUACGACAUUUCAAAACGUGUAUAAUCGGACUUUGCUCAGAAUCGUGUUCCCUUAGCGAUGAUUUAUCGUUACAUGUAAAUUAAAUAACCCUAGUGGUAUAUUCUACCUUUUUAACUUUUUUAUUUUAUUUUAAUACCUCAUUAAAAAUAUUCUGUUAAGAACGACACUUUUUUGUUUUAUAAUAAAAUAUUUACAAAGAUCGCAAUUUAGCCACUUUUAAGUGUCCACAAAUAGUGGUAUUAUUAUGCCUGUAGACGUUUCAACGUAAUUAUGGAAAUCCCACGUUUCAUUUUUAGUAAACACGGAAUUAUUAAUACUUACCGACGCCCGUCUAUUGUUUGUCUUGCAAUUAUUAUUUAAACGUUUAUAAUCUUUUUUUUUUUUUCUUAAUUAUUAUUUGUUUAGUAUAUCCAUUAAACAGUAUAAAGUCGUCGGAAUAAAAAUAAAAUAAAAAAUUACGUACUGUUCACUAGUAUUUAUAUUUAUGAUAUGUUUUUCAAAAAAGCAAAACUAAUAGUAAUGUAAUGUAAUACUAUUGCAUUAUUUUAUUAGUAAUACGAUAUAGGUGCCUACCGAAUUUUUCUUUACUAUACUCGUAAUUCGUUUAUUUUUCAAUCACUGUAUACCCAGAAAAUUGUACACACAUACACACACACUAAAUGGUAUGAAAAAACUCUGAUUUGUCCUUAAUUUUAGUUUUGAGUUCCGUUCAGGAUGGUUUUUAUAUGUUAUUAUUAUUGAGCUAUUUUUUUUUUUUCGAUAAAAUUGUUGACGUAGUCGAUUUGAUAUUAAUUCUGCCAAAGUAUUGCUGUUCAUUAUUGAAAUGUAAGUAUAUCGUUACCAGCUACUCGUAUUUAUUUUUAAUAUAUGGAAAUUCCAACAAAAAAAUAAUUACAUAAUUUAGUUCAGAAAUUAAUGGGUUAUAAUAUUAAAAUAAUAUACAUAUUUUUAAUUUAUAUUGAUAAGAAUAAUGACUUUUAUUUAGUAUUUUUAUUCUAACUGUCAAUAAGUAUAGGUGCAAACAACGUUCUUAAUGUUAUCGGAGCAGGUUUUCCAUAUUUUCUCUAAUUUCGAAAAAUAUGAGAAUUACCUUGCACAUUUUAUUGACUAGGGGAAGAUACGAUUUUUUCACUAAUAAACUGCUUGGUACAUAUUCAGGCAGGAGGAGAGGUACGUUUUUACAAACGAAAACGACUCUACGACUCCACGAGAAAAAGUCUCCCAUCUAAACAUGUUUAAUUUUAUUUGAAAAAAAAAUUUGUUUAUGGGUAAUAAUUGAGUUUCGAUUUUCGAUAAUUAUGUAUAGGAAAUUUUAGAAAUAAAUUAAAAAAUAAAAAUUUUGCGCUUCCGGGUAAUACUAAAUAUUUCGGUUUGAUGAACUUGGAUUUGAAUUCUGUUUUCGGAAGAUGUAAAGGAGUAUUGAAAUACUUAUACUCUACGAAAAUGUUUAAUUUAUAGCUCUUUUGAUGAUUAAACUUUUUUUUUUUAAUUAGCAACACCUAUUUUUGAAACUAGACUUGAGUUAUCCCAUUUAGUUCCAACAACUUUGAGCAAUGCAUUUUUAAUCGUGAAAAUUACCUGUGAUACAGCCAUCUAAAAAUGGGUAAACAUUUGGAAUUUUGAAUCGAUUUUUCAAUAAAAUGUAAAAAUAUAUGUUAUGAUGUAUGUAUUAAACCAACUUAUUACCAUAAAACAAUGGUCAAAUUUCUUCACUUUUUAAACCGUGAUUUUAAAUUUGUUUAAAAAAAGUCAUAUUUUUUAAUCAACUUUAAAUGAUUGUAUCUUAGAUAAUUUUUUGAGACAAAAAAAAGUACUAUAACUAAAGUAUUUCAGUACGUUCUACCACCUUUUAAAAACGAAAUUUAAUAUCCAAAGUUAUCUAGGCGAAAUAUUUAGUGUACUUAAAAAAGUAAUUACAGCAGUUCCAAUAUUAGCUUUAUCAUUAUUGAUAAUCUAGUAAAAAAUCCAACAGAAUCGAGUCCAUUCUUUAUAAAUGUUUCCGAUUUCGCGAUUUUCGACAGUUGAACAACUCCCAAAAGUACUGCAAAUAAUAUUUUCGAGUAUCCACUGAUAAUGACACAUCUUUAAGCACAUCAAUACUCUUAAAAAACUGUUACAAUCGUCUAGUUAGUAAUCAGUUUAAUAAUCGUUUCGGUCAUGUCCCGAGUUAUGUUUUUUAUGGAUUUUUCUCAAGCUGAAUAGGUAGUAUUAUACACGCUUAUUGUUAAAGAAUUUAUGGUUUACCGAUUAUUGUGUUGUUAAUAAAUAUCCGAAUAUAAAACGCUUUUUUCCCCGUUAUACAAUAUGAAAAUCAAGUUUAUUCGAUAAUAUUUAGCAAACUUUGUGUUUGCAUUAAGUUGUAAAAGGAAUAAUAUUAUUUCACUAAGUAUAUAUAUUAUUUUAUUCGAGUACUUACUAUAUUACUUUAAUUGUUUUUGCGAUUAUUCAUUGUAUGAAAUUAGAUUACUUAAGUGUAUUUAAAUUAUGGUAACUUUUAAUAUAAUCGUAGUAGAGACUAUAUAGACUAUAUUAUAAAUGUUCCCAAACAAAAUUUAAAUAAAUUGUAUUAAUAUUCGUAGGUAUAAAAUUAUUUCUUAUAGCUUUUUGUAAAAUUAAAUAGCUAUCUAAAAUAGCAUAUUAAAAUAAUUUUAUUUUAAUAUGUAAGAAAAAGUUUGAUGAAUAAUGAAAUUCUUCACCGUUCAUAACUUUCAUCAUUUCAAUUUUAGUAAAAGCGGCGAAAUUAAUAACCUUGGCUAUCACGGACUGCGGUAAGUUGCAGAAUUUUGGAGAACAUGUAACACUACAGGUGAAAAAUUCUACUACAAAAAUAAUACAACUCGUGGAAAUAUGGGAAUCGAACAGUUUGUAAUAAAAUUUAUUGAGAAAAUAUAAUGGAAUUCUUUGAGUAUACGGAUUUGGGGUUUUUUUUUUUUCAAAUUGAACUCAAAUGUCAUAUUUAGUCUAUGGAAAUUAAUAAUUAUUUUAAUUAUCGAGAUUUUUUCAGAUUUAAUUUUUAUACUCGGUAAAUCGGACAGACAAUCAUUCAACGGGGACAAAGAACAAUUAUAAUUUGUUAUGAGAGAAUCCCAUCUGGUCUACUAUAAGCGAUUUUUCUUACCAAAUUAUUCUCGUAGUUUUCGAGGCGUCCGAAGAAAACGAUGUUGAAAUGUCAUCAUUCUUCCAAUGUGGUUGUGCCAACAGACAAACUCAAUUUAAUCCGUCUUUGUAGUAAUUCCCAGCCUUGUGUAAAACUUGUGUUUUCCCGCGUGUCUUUUGUGUCCGAGUUUUUCACAUUUUCGUCGCCAUGGGAAACCGUAAAAAUGUAUAUACUAAUACAACAAUAAAAGAAAAAAAAAUACCUAACUACUUAGGCCUCUCAUCAUUGACGUCAAAAACCCGUCUUCUCGUUUUAUUUUAUUUUUUCGCCUUUGUCGGUUUGGGGCAAUGAGCGUGACAAUAGAACGGUUUAUCUCUUCGCAGAAAAUAUUAUUACGUGGCAUUGCGGUGAUAAGAAUGUGGAGGGUGUGUACGUAAACAUAUGUAUAUGUGAAUGAAUGUUGACGGCAUUACAAGAUAAAUAUUUUCGGUGUACGGCUCUUUUGUAUCUUGAACAUACUCAAAAUCAUUCGGCUGGAAAACAUAUUAACAUAUUUUGGUCGAGCGGAUAUAUGUUGUAAAUGCCAUUUAUUAUAGACAGCGAUUGGAAAUAUUAUAAUUAUUCCAAACAUUUACACUUGCACACAUGAUAUAGUUUUGCGUAAUAUGUGUGUAUAAUAUAGUUAUACAAAAAAAAAAAAUUAAAAAUUGAAAUCUUAUACCCAUUCAAAAUUUUUUUUUUGGUUUCUAGGGAGAAAGACCUAAGGCUUAAAUCAAUUUCGUAUUGUUCCCAAUGCAAACAAAUUAAAUUUUUAAAAUAACUAAAUGACAGCGGCAGAAUUGCCAAAUGGUUAAAUUGCUUAAUGGCCUAACCUAAAUGCAGACAUUCUAAAUAACAUGAGCCAUAUAAUUAUACGACUUAUAAUGGCUUUUUUAUCAAACGAAAAGUAUACAGCUUAGUUACUUAAGAUAUCUUAAUUCCCUGUAUAACAGCUGUUAUAAGAAUAUAAACAUGUUUUAUCAUUUAAAUUAAAAGAAAAAGUAAAGGGAAACACAAUAUGUAAGAUACGAUUUUAAAAUUAAAAAUAAUUCCGAAAAUUGACUUCUUCCCUGAAACCGAAGAUGUAAUUUUAAUAAUUUGUUUGAUGGAAAUUCGUUAUUCAUAAGUCGUAAGUAUGUUUUUUAUUGUAUUUAAAUACAAUCUGAGAUAGGCAUCCAUAAUUUUAUUUCAGACAUAUUGCAAAUUGUAUGCAUUUUAAAAUGAUAGUCUACCAAAAUUUUUAAUUUCGUUAUUUGUGACAGGUACAGAAAAUUCAUAUUAAUCUAAAAAAUAUUAUCCAUAUAAAUUAUUAAGAACUGAAAUAAAAACUAUUGAAUGCAUUUUAAUUUAGAAUUAUACGUUAUAUUGCAUCGUUUUAUUUUAUUAGGUGUUUUGAUAGAUUCAUGUCAAAAUCAUGAUCUAAACUUCAUGUGUAUAAUACCAUUCGAGUUUUGCUGCAUUUACUGUGUAUACUCGUAUAUUUUAUUUUGUUUGUUCAUAUGAUCAUAGUAAACGUUUUCCCGUAACGUUUACAAUAGUUCGCCGAAUUGAAUUCCUCUGUACAAUAUGCAUGGAUUAUCUUUAUAAUUCAACAAUAAUACGAAAUAUCGGAGUGAUUUUCAUCUAUAACAUACGUUCAAUCUGUCCUUAAAGGAAAAACUAAUAUCGUAUUGGUACUUUAUAACUUGACAAGAAAAGGCCAAAUUGCAUUAAUAUUUGGAUAAACGCGGUCGUGCAAUAUAAUGUUUAUAUAUAUCUUAAUAUAUAAGGAAAUAAUAUGUUGAGUCAAUAAAGAAGCUAUAAAAACAUUGAGGAUUAUAUUACAGGAACCGUAUUUGAUCCUUCUCAUUUGUCUAACGCUUGUUACUGAACGCCAUUUUACCGUUAGGUUUAGAUUUUUUUUUCGAAUUUUAUUAAAUAUACGAUUCGAGAAUACUGCACUUAAAGUGUGAAUGCGGGUCAAGUAUUAUAAUAAAGUCAUCUCUUCUUUGCAGAGCAUAAAGUAGCCGGAUAACGGGUAACCCGGAUGAAUGUAUUGGUUUCGAGUUAUUCUCAAAGUAUACCGACGAGUGAAGGCUAUGAAUACUAAAAGCGGGUCAGAAAUAUAAUUUGAAGCAAUUUAUUUGUAUUAUAAUGGUAUGUUAGAUUUAUUGGUAGUUUUCUAUCGUUGAUUAUUAAUAAAAAAUGUCCAAUGAAGUCGUUGUACGAGUAAUGCGUUGGUCUGACUGUUUUAGAUUCGAUGCGUAGCGAAAUUUCUAAAUUUCCAAAUUGAAAUUACUAGGAUAUGUGUAUUUUUUUUUCUGCCAGUAAACAAUUUUACAAAGAGUAAUAUUGUUCCGGUGUAGAGAAUAUAGCACCUUUUCAUAAAGAAUAUUGUAUGUAGUUGGUGCAUUAAAUAAGACAUUUUUUGAUUUUAAAAAUAUUCCUAGAGACUUGAAAUUUUGACUGAACAUUUGUAUUUGCUUUUGUAGACGUUUUACAAAAUAUUUGAAGCACUUUUAAGCUAUUCAUAGACAUUUUAAUUUUGCUAGUUUUUUAACGAAUUUUUAUUUGGUAGGUUGUUUAGAGAUAAAAUUAAUAGAUUAAAUAGAAAUGUUACUAAUUGAUGCGUAUAUUUUAUUCUGUAUUUCAGAAAAUUAAAGAAACGUAUUUCUAUCCAAGUAGUUAUAUAGUAGGUAUACUAUGGUAAAACGUGAGUUGAUCUAAUAUCGACUCAUGUUUUGUUUAUGUUAUUUUAUCAUUUCCAAAUAUGUACACAAUUCAAUCUAUUUCAACCUGUGAACAAAUUUCCAAAAACAAUUGAAACCUAUUGAUUUAAAAAUGUUAUUUGUGUGUGUGUGUUUUCGUUUGAAUAAUUUAUAAGCAAUCCGUGUUUUUCGUAUUUUAAGUAAAGUACGUUAAUGAUAUUACCUGUAAUCAAGCAAUAUUUUUACACGUUUAAAUAAUUUUAGAAUAUUUUUUAAUAAAGCACAUUAUAUAGAUAACAUUUUAACUAUUUUUCUUUUAAAAUAUAUGAAGUGCAAGUCGUUCAUAAUUAAUCAACUUACAUAUCUAUAUUUCUGUUAGUCAUUAUUAGUAUUGAAUGCAGUAUAUGAUGAGUACUACUUGGCAAAAAAAAGGACAUGGUUUUGGUAUUGUUAUUCACAUUUUUACUUUCGUUUUCUUUCGGCGUUGCCGACGAAUUAUUUCACCGAAAAGCAAUAGUAUUCCAAGAGUUCAACAUUUUCGACAUUGAAUAAGUUUUUGUUCGGAAGGUUUGGCGGAUUGGAAGAAAAUAGAUAUUUAGAAUAAAAGUUUUGACUUGUGAACAUAAAACCAACGUGUAUUAAAAACUUUGCGUUUAAUGAUAAAAGGGUGACCAAGGAACUGGAAAAAAUAAGUGACAUUCGACGAGUCUGUGCGUGCGUAUUACUUUUACGAAUAUAAUUGCACGUAUACAACUAGUAUAUAUAUAUAUAAUAUAUAUUUAUAUUAUCGUUUCGGUUUCGGCUAUUUUCGAGAAUUAAACGUAAUCCAUGUACGUAUAUAUUUAAAAUUCUAUAUAGUCUCACCAUAGUCAUAAUUGUAACUUGAUUUUAAAUUCUAAGUAAAAAUUUGAAACAUAUUCAAGGUAUAACAUAUUCCCUCGUAUCAUAUGCAUAGCCAGUAUGCGUUACAGUUCUCUAAAAUGGUGUAGGUAUUAUUCUUAGUUACGGCCGGAUACAUAGUUGAUGCUUGACGUAAUUAAAAUAAGUAGGUAGACGUAGUUACAAAUUGUCAAAAUUAAAAAUGCACACAAUUAGUUAUUUCUCGCGUACCUAUUGAUUAUAUUGAUAAUUUGUGUCCAAUUAUUUUAUAGUUUACGAUUUGUGUAUUACAAUAAGCUGUUAUUUACAUAUAAUUAUUAUAAUUUAUUGUAUAAAACCUCAUGAACAUAUUUUAGUGUUGUAUAGAAUUGUAGAUGCUGAAGUAUCGUCUUCAUUUUUAGCAAUAAGUACUAAGUAUAGUAAGUUCAAUUAAACGUCCACGAAUAUUUCUUUAGAAAAACCAAUUACCGUAAAAAAUCGCGUGACACUUCGAUUGCAUUUUCUGAAUAAUUUUCAUUAAUGUAUCUACAAUAUUAAUUCAUAUUUAUUUUUAAUCAGAUAUAAUAGGUAAUCUAUGCACGAUAUUAAUUUACGGGAUGGUUAUAAGUGCAUGUAAUUAUUGAACAAUCAACUUAAGGGAUACUUAAUGUAAAAACUGUUAGGUGACUGUUACUGGUCGACCUAAAUUGUUGACUAUGAAAUUAAAUUUUUCGGAAACAUGACACUCAAAUUCGUUUAUAGUAACACUUAAAUAAUUAUGUGUAUGUGUAAAUCUCUUAUUUUGCGACAGGUUUGUAAAUAAAAUAUCAUAUUAUUCAAAUAUUUCAAUUUUCUGUACCUUUGUGAGAAUACUUUCCGAAUUAGAUGAUACUUUCUGCAAAAUAAUGUUCCUUUAGCGUUGUAUUUUCGUGUUUUAUCUUCGAGUCGAAUAAAUUAUUUAGAUUUCAUAUGGUAUAAAAUUGUAUCUAUAAUAAUGCCAGACGGUUUUGUUUUGAAAUCAACGAGUUGUUAUAUUUUUCCUGCCUUAUUUUCCGACACACAAACGAUUCGUGUGGUAAUUGGUUGUUUUGACCAUGAUACGGGUAAAUAGAGUAGAGAAUAAAAAAAACAAGUCAGUUUUGUUAUUUAAAGGUGCUAAUGGCUAAAAUACCCCUUAAAUCCGCCGCAUGUUUUUUAUUUUUAGAAUUGUACAAUGUUGUAUUGAAAUAAUAAUUCUUGUCGUGACAUUUUCGUUUCGUCAUUUAAUCAUUGAUUCUGAUAUAUAUUGUCGAAAUUCAUUUUUUUUCUAACAAUUUUUCAAUUUGUAUUGAUUCUAUUAUUCUUUUAUAUAUAUAAUAUAUAUACCUUUGCGCUCCAUCAUAGUUAAUGAUAUAUAAUAUACACAUGUCACAUAUACUUAAUGAAAUGGUGUUAUUAUAGAUCAAAGAAAUAAUAUGAUCCGUAUAGGAACCCAGCAUGGACUAUUAAAAGGAUAGUUUGGAUCUAAAAAUUUGGAACUGGCCACAUCAAAUUUUAUUAAUGUUUAUCAAGUAAAAAAUAACAAAGAAUUAAGACUUCGCGAAACAGUUGCUGCUUUAUCAGGGGGCCAAGGGUAUUUAAGCUGUUCGUGUAAAAAAAAUGUAAUUCUAUAAACGUUGCACAUGUUUAAAAGCUAAACCUAAAUGUAAUAGUCGUUGUCACGAUUCAAUUCAUUGUUUAAAUAAAUAAAUAAAAAUUAAAAUAAAAUAAAUUAAACCAAUGACAGUGAAUUAAAUGUAUAUUAUAUUUUGUUUCAUCAAGUGGAUGGCUAUUUGAUGAAAGAUUUUACACGACAUGAAAUUUUAGUAUUCAUUUCGUCAAAUUAUAUCCACUUCAUGAAAUUUGUAUUUCAUAAUAAUUAAAUUAUAUCAAAAAUUUCACUAAGUGAAAAAAAAACGGUUUCCAUUUCAUAAACUAGAUAACUUUUCAUGAAAUGGACAAUUUCAUCAAGUGGAUGUGACAUAUAUAUAUUUAUCUUUAAUAACUUUUAUUUUACGAAUACGCUUUUUUAACAACCCUCAGUCUACACACAUGACUAAAAAUACCUAUUACCUAUUGGUAUUUUUUAUAUACAUAAUAUAGAACCUGAUCUUAUAGUGGUAUACAUAUCUAAAAUAACUUCGUAUUUAAUUUCUUGUUCAGAGAACCAACAGAAUUUCUCAAUUCUUAAACAAUUGCUGCAAUAAAUUCGUCUAGGCGUCUAUAACCGUAGAAUAUAGAGAAUUUUUAUUGUAGUGAAUUUCACUAGUUCCAACCGAUUUUGAGUUUAAAACUGAUUAAAAUGACUAAAGCAUACAUAUUAUUUAUAGAAAAUAUAUUAUAUGUAUAUAUAUAAAUAAAAAAAAAAACCGAACACAAUGUUUCAUCAUGUGUAUUCAUUAUCGUAUUCUUUUUUAAAAAUAGCAUAAUUAUGCUCAUUAUGCGUCUGUUCUACAUAACUACAUAAGUUAUGAUCGUUGUAAGAAAAUAAAAUCAACUAUUAUUAUUUUUAUUUUUUUUUUUAUUUGGGUAUAGUACAGGACUAAUUAUAGCUUAAAAUUUAUAAUAUUGAAACAAUUAUUAUGGGACAAUGGAAAUUUAGUAAGUACAGAAAUAAAAACAAAUAUUGAAUUACAAAACCAGCUAAAUGCGAUUAUAUUGUUAACGAUAAUUUCCGAAUUGGUAUUCAGAAUAGAAAUGAUGUUUGGAAAAACAAUUUAAUUUACUGUUUAUUUACAAUGUCUGUUAGAGAAGUAAAUCAGCAAUUAUUAUUUUUUUCACUUUGUAGAAUAUUUAUAAAUUAUUAUUUUUGUAUGAAAUAUUAUUAAUAAAAUGCAAAGGCGGAUCAUACAAUAGUGUUUUAUUAACUGCGCAUCAAAUUUCGUAUUUAAAAACUUCAAAAUAUUAUUAGUUGAAAUAUUUUGAAGUUUUUAUAACUCUAGUGCAUUCGAUAUUGAUAAAUAUUUCAUAUAUUUAUUAAACUCUGAAAAAAGUCGACCGUUUAUAGAUGAAGGCUGUUUUAAAAAUGCCGCAGUUUAUAUGGUUUAAACGAAAAAUAAAUUAGUUUAUCUAAUAUAUACUUGGAAGAUUCGCAAAAAAUAUGUUUUUUUUUUAAAUAUUUUUCCUUUAGUUAUUGUUAACAUUCUUCUAUAGCCAUUAUAUAAACAAUAAUUCAGUUAUAAUCAGAUAUGGUUAAUGAAUUAUAUAUAGAGAAAUAAGCAAGUUUACGUUUGUGUACGACAUUUUUCAUUUAGAAACAAUUGUACCUACCCACUAUAAAUUGAAUAUUUUUCUAUGAUACAAUAUUACUACAUAUUUUUUCCUCCGAUCAUACGUUAUAAAAGUAUUACGAAUCUUACAAAUGGAUAUUUUAUAGUACAGUAGAGACAUUUUAUUUUUAGGUUCAAAGUUUUAUGAUUUUCGCAGUUUAAAUCUUAUAAUGUACUUAACAGACAUUUUGUCAAACUAAGACUUUAGUUCGGUUGAGAUUAUCGUUUACCUCGAAAAAGGAUUCACCGUGGAUUACAUUCAAACUAUAUUGCGAACUUUCUUGUAGAAUACUUAAUAACAACUUCGGAACAGGAAUAAAAAAAUGAUCUAGUUUAACAAAAAGUUUCCGAUGGAUAAUCGACGCGAUGCGUGAGGUAUAAUUUUUUGAAAGUACCUACCUACGUUUUAGUCAAAGUUUUAGAUACCAUAUAAUUAUUAUAAUUUCCUAAUUUUCCUUAAACCAAAGAUGGGUUUUAUAUUUCAAAAAUUGUAUCAUUAAAAAAGGGGUUAUCAUCUUUUUUUUCAUCUUGUUUUUGUAGCUGUGUCUACUCGUCGGCUUGGUGGUCAUCAGCUAAUUAUUAGCUGUCGGUCGGAUAAACUGAAAUACGAGUGAAAUAAUUACAGGGCUGAACAUAGAUUCUAAAUAUAUGUGAAAAUAAUUACACCUUGAAAUUGUACCUUCUCUAAGGUGGUGGAGGGAAGGGAAAAUCUUUUUUAAGUUAAAUUAUUUUUCAAACGAUCUAAAAAAAAAAAAAAAUAAUGAAAUUAAAUGCACGUUUCCGCGGAAUUAUAAAUGUACACAAAAUAUUUAAACAGUUAAAUUAAACAAUUUAUAAAAUAUUGUGUUGACGUUAAUAAUUGUCAUUAAUACACAAAUAAUCGUAUAAAUACUCUGUUUUCAACUGAUUAAUUUGAUUUUAAAUAUGAUAAAAUGUGGUUUAAUUUAGCAAAUUUUCAGAUUUAUAAACACGAUUUUAAAACAGUUUUCGUUUUACCGAAAAAAAAAAAAAAAAAAAUUAUAUUGUUUAUUCAAAUUAUUUACGUGUUGGUUGUUUUACGUCUGUGUUGCAAAAAUAAAAAUUGUUAUAUUUACUAACAAAUAAUGUUGGAGUAGUGGAUAUUUAUUCUUACAAUGGUCUCUGUUAUAAUCUAUUGAGGAUAUUGUUCAAACGCACAGUUGUUUACAUAAAAGUACAACGUUACACUUUAAUUAAAUUUUAUUUUAAUUCCAUAUAUAUAUAAAUAUAUUGUCAUUUCGACAUAGUUCGCAUCCAUUAAUCUAACCAUUCCUCCAUUUAACUUUCCUAAAAGGUUUUGUACUAAUGAUGUAUACAUGUAUACAAAACAUUCCAUUAUUGCAAUAUGUUUAUGUUCAAUAGCUAUUGUGAAUUAUUCGUAGCAAAACCCGUAUACUUACCGUUAUCGCUUUUUUGGCUGAAAAACAUUUUACAUACACCUUGGUAUUUACAAUUUAUUUUUCAUGCACACUUACCUUAUAAUGAAAAUAAAGUGUGUUUAAUUUAUUUUUUAACUCGUAAAAUAAAUAUUCGUCAGAACAUACCCUAUAGAAAUAAUAAUAAUUACUGUACAUUCAUACCAGUAUAAGAUAAGCAACAGUAUUAUUAUGUCGAUAAACGUAUUGAUUCAAAAUAUAAAAUCAACUAUGAACAGCAGAGCUCCAUCACUAGGGUCGAAUUAUUUUCUCCUGCCUAUUUUUUUAUUAUAGAUUAUAUAUUUCGUAAACCAACAAACAACCGAAUAUUACAAUAAUACAUGGUGAAAUUUGAUCAUGCAAAUAGUAUGAGUGGGGUUUCGAAACCCCCCAAAAACAUACUAUCCUUGAUACCAACGUCAUACUUAAUUUACACAAUUUCUUCUCUUGUUCGAAGGGAGGUCUAUAGAGGUAUUUGAAGUAAAAAAAAAAAAAAAACAGUCAUCUCAUUAAAAAAAUAACGAAAGUAGCCGGAAAAAUAUAAUCAAUAAAAUGCAAUAGUCACUAUUUUCGGGGAAAUUUAACAAAUUCUACCGAAAAAACACAACAAAAAAAAAAAAAAAAAAAAACUAAAUUUGUUUUUUCUUUCAUCUAACGAAAAAAUGUUUGUAUUAUCAAUUAUAUUGGUGGGAAGAUUUUUUAUUGACUAGUGAUUACAAUGUUAAAUUUAUUAGACUAUUGUCCAAUCAUAAAAGAGUUUUUUAGUUAUAUACUUUAAUUUCCGUUUAAAAUAUAAUCAUGAUAUUUGAAAUAUGAUAACUGAUAAACGAAAAUUAUUAAAGUAACGGACAUCAGGAUACUAGUCCGAAGUAAUAUCGUAGAAGAACUUUAUCGCUAUCAUUGCACUUUUUCGGUAUCUAACUGGCAAAGUGGUAACCAUGACAAUAAAGAAUAAUAUUAUGACAGAAGAAAAUACAUAUUUAUAUUUUUUUUUAAUAAUCACCUACAUGAAAAACAAAAUCAUGUAAUAUAUUUUAUGUGGUUAUGACUUAUUUAAGGUAUCAAUGAGGUCCGGACCCUAUGAAUCCCCCUCCUCCUUGUAAAUUUGCCACUGCGCCUACCUAUAUAUAUAUAUAAUAAAGAUUUAUAUCGCCUAUAUAUUAUUAUAUGAAAUACACAUAAAAACAAAUAGCUAUUUUUUUUUUUUUUACAUCCGUGCCCAGGGAGUUCAGCGUGGUUUUUACAAGCCGUUCAGAGUAUCCCCGGUCCAAUUACCGUCCGUAAAUAUAUCAUUCGGACACCGCGACUUCGGUAGUAAAUAAAUCUGCCAUCACCGAUGCACAUCCGACGUCGCGCGCGUGAUGUGUUGCGGCGUGUCUUUGGCCCACACGACCGGAGUCCCGCGGGUGAGCUGCACUUGAUAAACGCCUUCAAUUUACGGGUCCCCCGUAAAAUCUCGGAUCGAUUCUCCCGUGGAAAUUCGCUGCACAAAAGAAACGAACGCCACAACCCAACGUUAAUACCGCGUCAGCCGACGCGUAAAACCUAUACGUAUAUAUUAUAUACGAGUAUACCGUUGAUAUAUUGUCCCCGAACAAUGUUCAAUUAACGAGUAAUUUCGUUAAGGCAGGUAUGCCUUUUGUCUCAAUGACAAUAUUAUCAUACUGGGAGUUCCGAAGUCUGUUUAAAAUGCACACGACCGUUACGAGAAUACCGGCGAAUUAUUCAAUACUUUAGGUUAGACCAUAAUUCUAUGCAACACACAUGAAACUACCGGCUUUACGAAUGUAUAAUCGGAAGCUUGGCACCGAUUUCCUUUCCGAAAAGGCGCUACAUAUAAAAAACGGAGCAAGUUCUCUGGUAGAAAAGUUGUCGACAAAAAAAUAUAAAAUAUAUAAACAUCUUUGUAAAAUCACAAGCUUCUUCGUUUCACUUAAAAUUUAAAUUCCAUAAAUCAAAAUUUUAAUUUUGUUUAUGUUGUAACCAUAAAAAUGGGGCGAGCAUGCUAGAAAAUCACCUCGUAUACAUGCAAUAAUUAAAAUAAAAUGUCUUGAUGAUAAUUUUAGAUAAAUCACUAAGAAUUACAAUUUUAAAUUCUUAAAUACUCUGAAUAAAAAUUUCAUGAUUUGUAAUGUUAACUUUACCAUUUUAUUAAGAUGUUCCAUUAGUAUUGUUAUUAUUUUUUAUUUUUGUUAGAAAUAGAUAAAAUUAGCUUAAAACAAGGUUUUUAGCUGAUGCCUAAUUGAACAAAAAAAAAAAAAAAAAAUAUAAAUAUAAUAUUUGUGUCAUGGAUUAAUAAACAUAAAUUGCCCGUUCAAUAUUGUAUGAUGGUUCAUGAUUUCGUACAACUAUCUAUGGGACAUAUAUACAUGUAUAUAAUGUACGUAAAUACCUGUACGUACGUAAAUUAUUACAAAUAUUAAGUACGAUGAUGUAGAAUGUAAUAUAAGUCGAUGUUAUUAUGAUUUUGUGUUUGGUAUUGAAACGUCAGUCGCUAUUUUUUAAUAACUGAUCUUAAAUAGCGAAUUCGAAUUCCUUUGUUUUUCUCGAUUUAAUAAAAAUAACAACAAUAAUAAUUAUGCGAUGGGAUAGACAAAAAUAUAAUCGCACUGCAGACUUCUAAAAAUGCCUACGAUAACUAUAUUUUAAUGGAAGAACUUCAUAACAAUAGUUUCGCGGUCCUUUUUUCAAGGAAAAAAGUUGCUUAACUUCAUUAAUUGAAAAAACGAUAACAACUUAAUAAUACUCGUAUAGUUGGCUCGGCGAAAAAGAUCUCAUACAGCUUCAAUGGAAUGCUUAAAGUUCGUAAAAAUUCCUGUCAAAGAAAAAACUCUGCCUACAUUUUUCAAACUUCUUUAUGCGAAGAGCUGUGUACUGCACGUAUAAAUAUAUUAUAUAUAUAUAUAUAUAUAUAUAUAUAUAUUGAAUGUAUAUAAUAUUAUAUUAUUGUAUGUAUAUUUCUUUAUUAUUACUUAUCAUUAAUUUUGGCAGCGCUGUGUGCAAUAUUUAUUACAUCCCGAGCUUUGAAAAAAAAUUUAAUCAGGGUGCGUUCAGAGUUUAAUUUGGUUAUAAAGAUAUAAGUUUUUGAUUCUGAGUUUUCAUUUUCCCCGCCACCUCGUCCUCCUAUUUUAUUUCACCCCUUGUUAUUUUUAUUUUUAUUAUUAUUAUUAUUAUUUUUUUUUUUUUGGCAACCAAACUGCAUUUUUUCACCGCCAAUGGAUUCGUCUACGGAUUAUUACGUGGCCACAAACACUGGAUGGCAAUAAAUAAUAUUUCACGGCCAAAACAAACGGAAAGGUUUCCCAACACCCUCUUCUGCAAUGAUAAUAAUUUCGCUCCAGCCAAAUAAUUCAUAUUUAUUUAACAAUAAAUGAUAUUAAGAAACUUAAAAGUUUGCUGCUUUCUUAAACGUCUGCUUUUCUCGAGAAGAAAGAAAGAUUUAAAUGCCUAAUAUUAUUAUCACCGUAGCUUUUAAUAAAACAUUUUAAAGACUCCCAAUCAAUAUCGAUUUUUAUAUUAUUUCGUAAACGUUUUUAUUGAUACUUAAAAUGCAUUAAAUAUAAUAAAAUAAUAGUGAUUUUAUUUUAUGUGUAAACACAUACACACUAGUUUUAUAUUUAUUAUUGUGAUAGAUUUUGAAAACAUUUUUCGAUAUAUAAACCUAUAGGGUUUUCAUAAUAAUUGAAGAUCACGAUAUAUAGUCCACGAGUAUAGUUAUUUCUUGUAUCUUAUAAUACCAGCAGGUAUACCACUAAACAAACAAACAAUAAUAAAUAAUAACUCGUAAUAAAUGGUUGUACAAAAAAAUCUCGGUUUUCGGGUAUAUUAUUUACGACCAAUUUAUACGCAGGUAAUCCGAAAACCUUUUUUCGUAUUUUCUGUAUAGAGUAACAAUUUUUUUUUAUUAAUUUGACAGACAAAAGUUAUGGAAAUUUAUUAACCUAUUAUUAAAUUAUUAAAUAAUACAAUUAACGGUUUUUUUUUUUUUUUUAGAAGGACAAUGGAAUUUGAAUUGAUUAUCAUUUAUAUAUAUCCUAGUGUAUAGUUAUAAAAUAGAAAUCACUAUACGUUAGUCUUAGAGUAGUGUAUAGUAAUGUUGGUUUAAUUCAGCAAAGUAAAAUGAAGACAUUGAGCAUUUUUUCCGAAUAUAUUUAUUUAAACAAUUUUAUUGCGAAUAUUAAUUAAAAUUCGCAUGUAACAUUAUUGUUUUGCUGAACAUUUAUUUGUACAUAUUUUUUAAAAGUGUUUAGAACUAUAUAUAAAACAAUGAGGGAGCACAUCUAUGAGUAAUUUUGAAGCUUAAUCGUCUUAUAGCGAGAGGGCAAAUUUGAUUGAUUAACCCGUAAAACAUCAUCACGAAUAUGAAAAAUAUUUGGAAUUCGUCAAAAACUUAAUUAACAUUAUAACUAAUUCAAUUCGCCCUCUUAGUAUACAAUAACUACCGAACCUUAGUUAUUUUCCUAAUAGAAAAUAUAUAUAGUUAUAGUUAUUUUAUAUAUUAUUUAUGGUUUAGACAAUAUCUGAAGCGUAUUUUCUAAAUUAACUCUAUUUAAAUAAGAAUACCUAUAAAUCAAUAAAUUACCAUUUUUAAAAGAAUUGUUGAUUCGAGAUUAUAUUUCACUUUUUGUAUAUAAAAUAAAAUAAAAUGUUACAACAAUUUAUACUAAGACGUAGAAGUGUAAAAAAUGUGCUACAAGCAAUAACUUAGUUUCGGCUUUGCACCACAAUCAUUUGAUUUUUUUUCAAAUUUUUAGAUGGUUAUAUUAUAUAUAGUUAACCAUUUUAAAAUAUUUAAUUAGCAACUUGAUAACGGUGCAAAUCUUAAUAUAAGUAGGUAGUUAUUUGAUAAACAAAUUGUUACACUUCUUUCUUGGUUCAAAUUUGUUGAACAAUUUUAUUUUUCUAUCAUUCAAUAGUUUGUGUGGUCAUCUUCGUUUACUGAAGCUUAAAUUAAAUAUUUUUCCCUGAAAAAUCAAAUAAUUGUAGUAAAUAUAAUCAAUCUGCAUUUCGUUGUUAUACCAAAGAAAAUAGAUUAAAUUUAAUCUUGUGGAGGUAAAAAAAAAAACAAAAAGAAAAAGAAAUUUAAUACAAGUAAGUAUAUAUUUCUGAAAUACAUCAGUGGAAUACAAGUUACAAUAAUAAAUAAUAACGUGUGCGUGUGUAUGGGUGUGUGUGUGUGAGGACACGUCUGCUCGUUAUAAAUAUUAGAAUACAGUACCAAUUUUGUGGACAUCGGAAAAAAAAAACAAACAAAGUUUUUCCUUUGAUGUUGCAAAAGGAUUCAAUAUUUUUCAUCCACUAGUCACGUAGUAUAUUAACUCGGUUUUAUAUUUUGUAUAGUUUUGUAAUCGUCGUAUAAAAUGUUUAUGAAUAAUAUCGUGUACGUAGCGUAAACCGAAAAACAUACUAUAUCGCUUUAUACUAUAUUUAUUAUUUUUGAAUCGCUUUGCGACGAACAAAAUAAUGCUAAAUUUAAAUAGAUUUCUGUGUUCGGCGCAUUUGGCAUAUGCACACACGGAUAUUGUUCAUUUUGUAUUAGAAUAAUCAUUUUCCGUAAGGUCAGCAGUUGUGAAUUGAAAUUGAUUUACAACGAUUUUCAAUUUUUCCGACUGAUGUACAAAACCAUGUUUAACCCUCUCCUGUCCUACCCUUUAUUCAAUACAUAUAUAUAUAUAUACACAUACAUAUAUUUCUCUCUGUGUAUAAUACACACGCAGUCUUUGAAGACUAGCGCGUACCUAUAUAUUAUACAUAUAUAUAUUUAUACGUGUAUGUAAAGUCAAUUUUUUUCCCCUGAAAUGUCGCAAUUGCGUUAUUCCGAACACGAAUUUGAAAUCGACGACGUAGCCACCAAUACGUGUUUUCGAUUUUCCGAAAAGACGUGUUUUCCUUCCGUGUCUAGCAUAUAAAGUAACAACGAAAUAAAAAAUUAGGUCUUCAAAGCAAUAGGUACUUACCUACCGAAAUUAAAUUGAACGUGAUACAUGUAUUUUUAAUCGACGACAUUUUAACAUUAAUGAUGUUGUUGCUAAAUAAUAUAUAAUACAGCAGUUGGAACUUUAACUAACCGAGUGAACUAUGACGCAAUUAAAUUGUGGAGCGUACGGUGUGGAUGGUGAAUUAUGCUAAAUUUAUAUUUGUAGACUAAAAUUGUAUAAUAGUUGCAUAUAACCUACUUGAUAUAUAGUAUUUUAAAAUAAAGUAUGUGAUCGUCAAGUACUUAGUAAUAUAGUUAAGCAAUAGCUGUUUUAGUCAAGACUAAACUAUACUGACGUAGGUAACUUUUUUGUUAAUUAUUAUUUUAAAAAGCGAUUGUUUUCGUUAUUAUUUGAUAAGGUUUCUGCAUUUUAACAUUUUAAAUCCAAAUGAAAUACACGAGUUAAAAUUAUUACACACUUUUAAGUUAUUUAUCUGUGAACUUGAUGUUAGUGAUUUAUUAGAACAAACUGCAAUACUUAAAUCGGUACUUAUAUAAUAAUAUAAUCAAUGUUUACAAGGAUAGAUCGUAAUAAAAGACUUAAAAUAUAAAUUUAUAUCUUUAAUAAUUAAAAUUUUUUUGAAAAACGAUAUUUUUAAUAAUUAUUAUAACUCAAUUUGUUAUACUAGUAUGAGAAUACACGGCCUAAUAAUAUGAUUCCGAUGUUAGUUUGUACACUUUUGAAAUUUCACUUUUAUUAUUCUUUGUAGUGGGUGGAGUCCAAUCAUAUUCGUCUUUGAACUUUCCCUAACUUAACUUCAUUUAUAUAGUUUAUCUUGUCGACAUUUUUGACAUUAUAACAUUGCAAAAAUGUUAACAUUUUUCGAUUUAGUUUUAAUUAUUAUGAUUACAGUUUAAAAUGACGUACAGAUUAUAUUAUACAAUGAAAACCAUAUUGAAUGUAAAUUAUAAACUCAUUUCGUAAACUUAAAAUAUAUUCUACAAUUAUUAUUCAUUUAUUUUCGUAUCACCAUAAAAAUGAAAAUACAGUUUAAUAUGAUAUACAAAUAGUAAAAGUAAUUUAAAUUAAUAAAAUUAAAUAAAUAGUUUAAAAUAUGCUUGUAAAAAGUAACAAUGUAUAGUAAACAAAUAUUUAAUUUUAAGUCGUUUUGGUUAUAACCGUUAUUGUUGGUAACAAUAUAUGCCUAUUAAUUUGUACUUUCGUUAUUGUUGAUCGUCGAUGUUGUUAAACAUCUACGUCCAAUACUAUUCCAAAAUAAUAAUAAUUUAAAUAAUCCGAUUAAUAUUUUCAACGAUGAAGGCCCAACUUUUGAUAGUAAAUAAUAUAUUUGUAUACUACUAAUAAUAUUAGUAUAUAAUUAGUAGUAUAGUAUAGUAAUUAUUAUUCAAAUAUAAUUUUCAAAAUUUUCAACUCAUUACAUACUAAAACUCACAGGUUCAUGUUAGAUUUUAUGAUAAAUAUAGUAGUAUUAGUAUAAAAAUAAUUCGUAUUGUACUGUAUUUUUUGUACGACGAAAAAACAAGAAUAGUCUAAAAUAAUGAGCGUCAGAAGUUUAGACCUUCCGGGGGGAAAAAAAAAAAAUAGGUAAGUCAACUGAUAUUGAGAAAGAACUAGACAAUUUUAAUACAUGGCUAUACAGCCAUGGUUAAUAAUAUAGUAUGACGUAAUUUUUAGACUCACGUUCGUUUAGUUCUGAGGUGCUGAUAUAAUACGUUUCCAAAAUUAAAAUGAAGCGAGUAGUAGUGAUUAAAUUUUAUGUCAGCUUAUCGGUCUAAAACGACCGCAUACCUUUUCCCUUUAAAUGGGCAUCAGCCAAUAGAAAAGUCUUAUCUUUAAGUUGUUUAUGAAAAGAAAAAUUAUAAUUUUUAGAUUUCACAAAAUUAAAGAACGUUUAGUAAACUGCGUUCAUCUUCCUUAAGCCAAUAUAAUCAUUUUACAUCGCAUUUCUCUUGAAAUUAAUAACAUUAUAUUAGGCUGACUAAAUUUACAUACAUUAAACUUCUUAUGUUUUCAUAAGGUUUAAGAACGAAAUAUUUAGUAUGAACUUAGUUAUCUAAGUAUAAGUAGGUAGGUAGAUACUAAUUAUUAUUAUAUUAUUAUAAUAAAGCACAUAGUUAAACUUGUGUUUAAUAUGAUAUUUUAUAAUCGGCGAUGGUUAAAUAAUACCUAAUAGGUAUUACAUAGAGUAUAUUACGUUGAAAGUUUUUAGACAAGUUAUUAUGUUCUAUACAUUCUAAAUUACCAUUUUCAAUUUAGAAAUAAAAUUAUUAAUACCCAUAACGAGCUUCAAUAUUGACGCGGCGCAUUAGUUAUGCAAAACACAUACUUCGGUGUUAUUGGUUGAUAUUAUUUAAAAAUGUGUCCUAAUUCAAAAAUCGUCUUAUAUUGUGUCUGAAUAAAUUGUUACACAUCAAUAAACACUUAACCUAACCGAAUUGUGGAUAAUAUUUAAUUUGUUGAUGUUUUUUUUUUUUUUUGUUAUAAAUUGUUAAAUUAUUUAUGUAAUCGAUCGGUUUAAAAUACAAAUUUAUGGGAAUAAAACAUGAUAUUGUUUUCGUAAUAUAAGGACUUAGUGAACGUGCCGUAUCUACCGUAAACUAUAUUUCCAUUUACAAUUUUAUAGACUAUGCAAGUAACCUAAUAAAGUAUGCUUAUAUGUAAAAACAUAAGUAAAUUGAAUAACUUUGUUAGUAAAUAGUUGAAAUGAUAUUUUUCAAAUUUGUUUAUGUAUACUAAUGUUUUAGUACCAACAUGUUUUUAUAUUAUGGCUAGUACGCAUUUAUAUUAAACACUGAUAUUUAAAUCGAUAAUGCUAAUAAUAUUUUAUAAUAACAAUAAUGUUAUGAAUCAUGGUUUAAUAUAUGGGCUAAAUGAUUCAUCUUUCUGCACACUACAUCAAACCGGAAAUAUUUGAGAUCUUUAUCAUAAUCUCUUUAAUUAUCCUUCUGUACACAAUAGACGUCUUAUUUCGUGCAAACUCUUAUCUAAUAAAAUAAUAAAGUAAAAACAAAAUUAUUAAAAUGGUUAAUACUCGUAAAUAAAUAUAGUAAACAAAUAUAUAAAUAAAAAAUGUAUACAUAAAAGUAAAAAAAAUAAACGAAUGAAUGCGUCGCCUGGAGUAUUAUGAUAAAUUUAUCAUACGACCGGUUUCGAAAUCAAAAUUCAUCAUCAGGUAUAUCACAGUCAAAAUGUAAAACGUGAUAAGUCACGUUUUACUCAUCUUGUAAUCUAUGCUUACAUAGAGUACAAGGUGACAAGGUGACAUAGACUUACAAUGUGUUCUUAGCUUAUUUCUAGAAACCUGAAAGUGUAUUUAUAUUGUGUUUACAUUUUUUUUCCUAAACAUAAUAGAUAAAGUAUUGUAUAGAAUAUAAUGUCGGGAGGAAAUAUUGUGGAACUUUUGUUUGACAGAUUACAAUUUUGCAAAUAUGUUUGAAUCCUUCGCUGUAUGUUUACCACAUAGAACACAAAGAAUAAAACCGAUAGGUUUUUUUUUUUUUUUUUUUAAUAACUAUAUGCUUAUUUCAUUUUUGUUGUCGAAAACUUUAUGUUAUUCAAAUCUUGAAAGUUCAUUGAAACUUUGUAAAAAAUCUAUAAAAAUUUAAUCUAUCAGAAUCCUGCACUAUAAGGAGAAGAUUAUAUAAUAUGUUCUGACUGUUUGUAUAAUUUUAUAGUGAUAUAUUAUAAUAUAUACAUGUAAAUUUCUGUAAAGUUUAAUAUUAAUCAUUUCGACAUUAUAACAAUAAUAUUGAUAUGAACAAUUUUAACCAUAUAAAAACACAUCAAUAUUUAAGAACCGAUGUCUAGAAUAUUAGGUCGCGUAACUCACCGUAAACUUGGUAUCGAUUUAAAAUUAAUAUUUAAUUUAAAUAUUUGUACAAAUCUAUAAAAAUAAAUAUUAUACACACAUUGAUAAAUCAAUGAAAUCAAAACUUAUUUGGGCCGAUGUCGAUAAGUUGAUAAGGUUAUAGCCGAAAAUAGUUUAUCCAGAAAUCAACAAAAAUAUACGUACCAAUGUAUCGUCAAUAAUUAUUAUUCAUUUUUCAUUUUUUUUUCUAAACAACUUUUGGGAACUUAAAAAAUGAUUUUCUUUAUUUAAUAAUGUUGUGUCAAACAGAAAAUUCGCAUCUUUUAAGGGAUAGUACAUGAAAAUUGGAGCAUUUUUACGAACCGAAAAAUACGCAUCUUAGCAAAUCUAAUAUAACUUCUUAGCACACUUCUGUACACUUUAAACUAUAAUGACUUAUAUUGCUAUUUACUGAAAAAAAAAAUUGUAAUACCUGUAUCUUUGUUUACAGAAUGCUUUUUACGAUUUAUAUAAUCUAACGUCGACUCGUCUUGAAGAUCGUACAUGUGGAAACAAUGUUUUGGAUCACAGUUAUUCUAUUGUUUGUUGCGAACGGUAAGUCAUUGUUUACAUUAUAAAUUUACUGUUACACGGUAUCUUUAGAACAAUCGGUACACGACUCGAAACUAUUUUAAACAAUACUCGCGGUGAUUACAAUUAUAUAUGUGUACUGACAAAUAUAAUUUGUGCACCUAAUUUAUAUUUAUAAAAUAUUAUUACUCAGUUGAUCCAAUUUGAAUAUCACAUUAUAGUUUCGUCUGUUAAAAAGUUAUUGACACCAAGGAUAGAGUAUAUCUGCGAGGGUUUUAACGAUUAUCACCACCAUUCCUCCCUCUCGGUAGAAAUCUAUUAUUGCUAUGUAAACAAUUUUACAAAUUUUUUUUCACUCGAAACAAGUUGGAUAAUAAUUUUGGGGUUGUUAUUUUUGCUGUCUGGGGUUAUCUUGAAACGAAACUAUGAGACGAAUUUCGGAUUCUAAGAACAUUUAACUUUGAUGUACAAUUUUAUAAUAUUUUUUUUAUUUUUUUUGUCCAUCCAUUCAUAUCUUUUGUAUCAGACAAUUUACUGAAAUCAUAUAACGUUUUUAAAGCAUUUUGGAUUUGUGUGGUGUAUUUGGGAGGUUAUUUUUUGAUUUUCUAAGAGAUUUUCUUAUUAAUUGGGGAAAACCCGUAAAAAAACAUAAAGAAAAAGCAAAUAAAUAUUUACGGCGCUACGGCGUUAACAAUUUCGUUACUUUAAAUAUAUAAGAAUCAUAUUUUCUACCCAAUGUUCAAUGUGUGACAUAUUCUCUGAAAGAUAAUUUUGUUCAGUAAAAGCAUAAGGAAGACGUUAUUUGAUUUCUUUUAUGUAGAUUUUUAAUAAAUGAGCAAAACCGAGAAAAAAAGUUAAAAAAAUGAAAAAGUUUAGAAUAAUUUGGUAAUAUAAAAAAAUUAUUUGUUUUUCAAAACACAGUCUCGUCGAACCAUCGUAAAACUGCGUUAUCCACCGGUACUAAGCUCUCAGUGUACGAUUUUUCAUAGCGGCACGGUUACACCGUGUCUAUGUAAAUGUGGCGAAAUUUUAAAACAAAUAAAAUUGACAUCGAACUUAUUUUAGACGUGAACAGAGUUUGGUGCGUUCUUAAUUCACAAAUUUCAUUUCCGAAGUAUGUCCGAUUUUCGUUUGUUGACGAAUUCUAGUAAAUUGAAUUGCUUUGAACAAAUGACGGUAUUUUUGAAUAAUUUGAAGUAGAGACCAGAUUUUCAUUAGGUGUUUCAGACUUUUAGAUCUAACGUGUAGAAAAAAGCUAAAUUUACUGAGAUUAAUUUUCUUUUGGAAAAUUUUUAUUUUUUUUUUAAAACAAAUUUAUAGAAAAACGAUCAAUAUUAGGGUAUGAUAAGAAUCUAUCGAUUUCAUUGUUUUGAAUGUUUUCUUUUUUUUUAUUUUACCAGGAAUUUUUUUUCGAAUUUCAAGAGGUGAUUAAGAAAGUUAUUUUUUUUCUAAGUGGUUUUCAUAAUAGGUAAAACUGGAAACUAACAAAUAAACUAUGGUAAUGAUUUCAUUGUUUUAAAUUUCUUCCAUUUGGUUUUUCCGACAUUUUGGAAUUAUAAAAAAAAACUAAAUCAAAACAGAAAAAACCGUUAUUGCCGUGAAUUUUACCGGUUUUUCUCAAUUAUUAAGAAAAUUACUUGGAAAACUAAAGAAUGACUUCGUAUUUUUAAGAUGUGAAAAGUUCUGUUUUCAUUUUUUAUUGGAGUAAGGUUGUAUGAAAAUUGUUCACAAAAAAAAAUUUACACGUACCGAAAUAUAUCAAACCAUUACAAUCCUCGUUUUCUUCAGAAUCUAAAAAUUGAUGUUCAAAAAAUUAAAUUUAAGUUAUACCCACGUAUAAUAUCAUUAUAAAAUAAACAAUUAAAAAAAGUGUAAUAUCUGGCACAUGUUUGGCCAAUUGUGUUUAUUUCGUGAGAGUUAAAACUUUGAAAUUCGACUUUAAACUUCUUUCGAAAAGUUUAGAAAAAUUUCUUAGCAGUGUCAUUAAUUUAAAUUAUAUUCAAAAUUGUUUUCUGACGCUGUAUAUCAUUGUGAUAAAUUAUUUAAAACAAAAACCAUUAACAUAAGUUAUAACGUUAUAACAUAAUACAAUAUCGUGCGGCAUAAUCUACGUGAACGUUCGAAAAAUAUUCUCUAAAUUUGAGUUCAUAUAAAAAUAGUAACAAUAUACGUAUUAUAAUUUUUUCAUACUCAUCUAGAAAUAUAUUCCAUACGUUGUAGUUCAUCAAUUUUUAAAAAUGUUCACAUUGAUAUUUAAAAUUGAAAUGCACUGCAAAGUCGCAGUAAAAUAAGAGUAUCCGCGUAUAUUAUGCUAGAAUAAUAAUAGAUGCCUACUUAUUAGUAUAGUCUAAAAUUUUAUUUAAAAAACAUUUUUCGCUUCUCGUGAUAAUGAAUUCGGUUGGUUAAACAAGUUUUUCCCCAAUUAUUUAGAUCAUUAAAAUGAUUUUCAUCAAAUUUGUCAGAAACAGCUGUUUUAUUUGGUUUCAUUUGUUAACUGCAUAAAUAUUCAUUCAUUUAUUUACACAAAUAAAUAAAUACACUGAAAUAUCAUUAAAAAAAAAUUAAUACAAAUAUUGACGCUAAUUAUCAAGCUGGUAGAAAAUUAAAUUGUUGAGAUUAUUUUAGUUAGUUUUUAGGCGGUUAUUUUGAAGAGCGAUUCAUCAAAAUUUCAACAAUCAAAUUUUUUAAGUGUUCAUUUUUUUCGAAAAAAAUUAUCAAUGUUUUUCUUUAUUAAUACCGAUUAUAAUUAUUUAUUAUUUUUUGAGAGAGAAAUGAUUAUUUACACGUUAAAAUAUAAAAUAGAUAUAUAUUGAUCAUUUCGAUGAUUGUGACCUCUAGAAAUAAUUUUAAAGAUCAUAUAAUUUGAGGGAAACCGUUUCUUAUUUGACCCAAUAUAAAUAUGAUGGGAAAAGCAAAAAAAAAAAAAAAAUAAAUAAAUUCUGUUCCAUUACCCACAGUGAAUUUGGAGCGCGGCUGUGAGUUUAUUAAAAUAUAAAAUAUAACAUGAGUAAUAUAAUAUAACUCAAUAAUUAUAUUGAAUUGAAAACUCUAUAAAUAAUUUAUCUAGUCAAUAAUGUUAAUGGAAUCCCAUUGUUUAUCCCUAAAAGCGUGUUUAAAUAGUAUCGAAAUUAUUUGUUUUCCUAAUAUUUCGUUAACAUAACAUGUGCGGAUUUUAUAGUUCACCGCUGUAAGUAGACAUUCCGUUUAGUUUAGGAUAUGCAGACACCGUCUAACCUCGAAGUUUUCGCGUAUUUAUAAUCGCAGUGUAUUUUUUAUUCAAGUCGACAGCGCGUUUUUACGAUGGAGUCGUUUUGAUUCUCGUCAUAUCUAACGGUAAACGGAAAUAAUGCGAUGAAAUAACGUCAUGUUUUAUUGGUAUAUAACCGGAGUUAUCUAAUUUGGCGCGGGGAUAGUAAAAUUUGUCCGAGCUUAUGUGCAACGGCGUUAUGAAGAACGAUAAUAAAACGUUCCGAACCCGUUAAACCGCCUCAAAGUCAUAAAACAGUCGCGCGGACGAGUGUUUUCUAUAGGGUACAAUAAAUCCUCGUAAUAUUUCGUCAUAAAGAAUAAUUUGAUGAAAACUAUGUGACUGCAUUUAUAUACGGGCGUGUUAUCAAUUGACUGAAACCGUUCCGACGUCUAUAAUUAUAAACGCCUUUUUCCUAAUUGACAUAGUAACAAUACGGCAGCCCCCGGGGUUGUAAGGUUGAAAUAUUCACAGUAGGAAUUCUGGUAGGUAAUUUUUAUACCGCAGGCACCCACUAAAGACGGAUUUUCAAAAAUUCCACCAUUAGAAGUUGACUAGCACAGGGUUUACGGUAAUUUGCGGAACAAACAUUUAAUUUGUAUAUGUUAAAUUAUAGAUUAUCGUGGUGCCGUGAAUGGUAGAUGAUCAUUUGGUUUUCACGGAAAAGAAAACACUCAAUAAUAAACACUAUAUUGUUAUAGGUUAUAAGUUAUAACUGUUACUAUUAUUUUACAAUAUUACGUUUCUUUACUAUAUUUUUAUUUGACGGUAAACAACGAUUAAAUAGAGGAUGGAAACCAGGACUUUCAAAUACCUAAAUACUCUAAACCAUUGGCAACUAUAACUAUGUGUUCUUAAGAAUAAUAAUAUGUCGCGAAGUUGGAAGUUAAAACAGAGUUAUUUAAUUUAUAUCAUACAAAACGUUAAGUCAUUGCUGAUGAAAUACGAUUCUAAGUGAAGUUCGGUUAAUCAUGUUUUUUUAAUGUAAUAAUUUUUAAGAUUUUCUUAUAAAUUUGGACUUCAAAUGUUAACGAAAAAUCGACCAUAUUAAACUUAACUAUUUUUUUAUUUGAAUUGAAUUCCAUAAUGUAACAUUUUUUGAAUUUUAAAGCAUUUAUUAUGAGAAAAACAAUUUUAUCUAUCUACAAUCAAAUAUAAACUAAAAAAACUCGAAAAUGUCGUAUGAAUAUAAAUAUUUUAAAAAUAUUACCACUAGAAAAGGCUUAUUUAUGUAGUCUGUAAAAGUUUCAGGCAUCUUCGAUUCAUUUUGAUAAAAAUACUACAACAAUUAAUGUCUUUUUUCAUUUUUGGAUUGAAUGAAAAGUUGUUUACAGUCGGGAAAAAUAAAAUAAUGCAACGACAGGGAGAAAAAUUGGAUUCUAGUAACCGAGAUCUGGUACUCACGGCAAUAUUUUUGGUUUUGUAAUGCUUUCUAUUAUUAUAGUCAUUAGGAUGAAGUUAGGAUUGUAUUUCGCAGGUUCUGCAAAUAAAUAAUAAAGGGCGUCGUGAGAUUUGAGCGAAUGAGCCACGUGAUGCGUGAGUGGAAAUUCAAAUUAACAUUGUCCCAUUAAAAUUAUAUAUUUUCUGCUUGUGAUGUUUUGCCCGAUAUUUUAACGAUGAAUUAGAAUUUUUUUUUUUCGAAAUUAUUAUUCGCAUGGUUUAUUUUAUCAUGUAAUUCGUUUGGACUUAAUUAUUAACGUUAAGAUAUACUGUUUUGUAUAGGUAUCUAAUUUGAUGAGGUUUCCGCGAUAAAUGUAAAUAAAUAAUAGUAUUCUGACUUGUUAUCGUUCUAUCAACCGCUUUAUUGGUGAUUUAGCUUUUUUCAAUGAUUGUAUAGUAAACCUACAUACAUUUUAUCGGUUUGCAUUAACACAUAUUAUUUAGUAAAAUAAGGUUGGGUAAGAUGAUUUAUUCGGUUCUCAUUGAUAUAUUAUUACUUUUAGAGAGCACAAAAUGCAUAUUUUAUUAAAGUUAAAAAUAAUUAUAUUGCGUUUACAACUAUAUUCGUUUUAAACGUUAAAAUCGAUUUUUUACAUUUUAUUAUACCCGAAAAACGAUACCAAAUGGACUUCACUGCAGGUAGUGCGUUCUCACUAUUCGAUACUGUUUUUGUUAAUAAUGAAAGAGUCGUUUUACAUUUCACUAGACUUUUACCAAUCGCAUUUUUCCGGAGUUUUCGCUUUACGGUUUGGGAAAUUACCGAAAAACCCGUAAAAUUACCUCUUAAAAUAACUUUAAAAAUUGUAAAAAGAUUCUGGAUACGACUUUUUGAGUAUUUUCACGGGCCCAAAAAACUGCUUUUCUUUAUUUUGCGAUUAUGUGCGUUGUUUUUAUUAGUUAUUUGUUGGUCAUAAAACAAGACCCAUCAAUUUUAUUAAAUAUAAUUAUUCAAAAUUCAGUUAUAAAUUUGACUGUCUAAAAAUUGAGAAUAAAUACGUUAUGAUGACUUGUAAAAUAAUAUUUAAGUAUGUCUCAGGGAUUCAGGCUUAUACAAAUUUGAUAAUCUUUUAUUCAAGUGUGGGUUACAUCAAACUUAAAAAAUUAUCUGAAUGAUGAGAAAAGAAUUUAUAGAUUAAAAAGAAAAAAACUUGCAAAAAAAUAGGUACUUUUCAUAUUAUUUUCGUGGUAUUAGUCUCUACUUUCGGGACGAAUCCGACAAAAAAAAAAAAAAAAACAUUUAAAGUGUAUUACGAAACGUAUUCUCUGUUACGCGAACCCCUCCGUCGCGAUCGGCAGGUGUAGGUACUUAAACGUCUAUAUCGAUCCGAAAACGCUAUAAACGCAUUGUUGCUCUGCCCUCCCUCCCAGCCACAUGAUAAUAAUAAAAAUAUUUUUGGUUGGUGUUUUAUAACACUGUUGUAUAUGUUGUGUGCACAACGCGCAUGGAAGUAAUGAACACUCUUUGGGAAUCGCUCUGUGAGAGACGACAGUGUGGAAAUAGCGUUUUUAAAAAAAAAAAAUCUCGUCUUAUUUAGUGGGUUCCAUCAUUCCCUCUUAUGGCGUAAAAAACGUAAAAUAGUAAAAUCGCAAUGAGGUACGUUUCAUUAGUAAAUAUCAUCAUUUUUCUUUUUUAAUCGGUCACUGAAUAGUUAGAAAGUUAGAAAGUUAUGUUGAAAAUUAUUACUAAUUGUCAAUCAUUUUUUAUAUUUAGGAAAUAUAUCAGUAGGAUUAAAAUGUUUUAAUGUCCUGAACAACUAUGCCGUUACGACGGUUUAGGUAUCUGAAAUGUUCUAACGUGUUUCGAAAAAAAAAAAAAAGGUUAUUUUACGGGUUUCGGUGUAUUUUUUAGAAUCUAUAUUUCAAAUAUGAUAGUAAUGAUGUUGAUGAUGAACCCUAUAUGAUUAGUCUUUUAUGUUUAUUUCAUUAUUUUUAUCCUGUAUAACCUGCCUGAAAGCGUAUUGAUUCAAUAAAUCUAGUUUAAUUUUCAAACGAAAAAAAAAUUCUGGUUAAGUUUUCACUUUAUUCUAAUUUAAGUAAUUAUUUUCACCGAAUAACAUCCGAUUCGAUUAAGUCGGAAUUUGUGCACAUUUAAACUCCAAUCUGAUUUUAUACGUAUAUAUACUUUUUUUUUUUUAACGAAUAACAUUGACAACUAACUAAGGUAACUUUAAUAAGUUAAAAAUGUCGAAUGACUGGCCCAUGAUAUAGUAUACGAUUGUUUCACGCGUCCGGUUAUUGUGGUCACUAGUGGUUAUAAGCGUGUUUAUCGUUGGUGGUUUUUUUUUUUUUUUUUGUAGAGGGGCGGGAGGAUUUUUAGAUUUUUAGAAAGCGGUUUGUCUAGCGAAUGUAUCGCGGUGGCGGUAGCGAUAGUAAACAAGUCGUUUGCGGCGACGACGACGACGUAUUUCACCACGACCAUCGACGGCGCGUUCCAAGCCAUACGCCACAGGCGUCCUCAUCUCUCUCCCCCGAGGAGACUCCCUCUACUAGUUCCGUGUGUACUCCUAACCGAGCAUUCGAGCGCGUGUGCACAUAA